AUGGCGGAUCAAGAGACGUUUGCUUUCCAGGCUGAGAUCAAUCAACUUCUCAGUCUCAUCAUCAACACGUUCUACAGCAACAAGGAGAUUUUUCUCCGUGAACUCAUCAGUAAUGCCUCUGAUGCUUUGGAUAAGAUUCGAUUUGAGGGCUUGACAGACAAGAGCAAGCUUGAAUCUCAGCCAGAGUUGUUCAUUCACAUCAUCCCUGACAAGACAAAUAACACAUUGACUAUUAUCGAUAGUGGAGUUGGAAUGACUAAAGCUGAUUUGGUGAACAACCUAGGUACCAUUGCAAGGUCAGGUACCAAAGAAUUCAUGGAAGCUUUGGCUGCUGGUGCUGACGUGAGCAUGAUUGGACAGUUUGGUGUUGGUUUCUACUCUGCUUAUCUUGUAGCUGAGAAGGUUAUUGUUACCACCAAACACAAUGAUGAUGAACAAUAUGUGUGGGAGUCUCAAGCUGGUGGCUCAUUCACUGUGACUAGGGAUACAACUGGUGAAGCUCUUGGCAGAGGAACUAAGAUAACUCUUAUCCUCAAGGAAGACCAGCUCGAGUAUCUUGAGGAACGCCGUCUCAAGGACUUGAUCAAGAAACAUUCUGAAUUUAUUAGCUAUCCAAUUUCUCUUUGGAUUGAGAAAACUAUUGAGAAGGAGAUUUCUGAUGACGAGGAUGAGGAAGAGGAGAAGAAGGAAGAAGAGGGUAAAGUUGAGGAAGUAGAUGAAGAGAAGGAAAAGGAGGAAAAGAAGAAGAAAAAGAUUAAGGAGGUAUCUCAUGAGUGGUCUUUGGUGAACAAGCAGAAACCUAUUUGGAUGAGGAAGCCUGAAGAGAUUACAAAGGAUGAGUAUGCUGCUUUUUACAAGAGUCUUACUAAUGAUUGGGAAGAGCAUUUGGCUGUUAAGCACUUCUCUGUUGAGGGUCAGUUGGAGUUUAAGGCUGUCCUCUUUGUACCCAAGAGGGCACCUUUUGAUCUCUUUGACACAAAGAAGAAGCCCAACAACAUCAAAUUGUAUGUCCGCCGUGUCUUCAUCAUGGACAACUGUGAUGAGUUGAUGCCUGAAUACCUUAGCUUUGUUAAGGGUAUUGUGGAUUCUGAGGACCUUCCACUUAACAUUUCAAGAGAAACCCUUCAGCAGAACAAGAUUCUUAAGGUCAUUAGGAAGAACUUGGUGAAGAAGUGUCUUGAACUUUUCUUUGAAAUUGCUGAGAACAAGGAGGAUUACAAUAAGUUCUACGAGGCUUUCUCUAAGAACUUGAAACUAGGUAUCCACGAGGAUUCUCAGAACAAGACUAAGCUAGCUGAUUUGCUCAGGUACCACUCCACCAAGAGUGGUGAUGAAAUGACCAGCCUCAAGGACUACGUUACCAGGAUGAAGGAAGGACAGAAUGACAUCUACUACAUUACAGGUGAAAGUAAGAAAGCUGUUGAGAAUUCUCCAUUCCUUGAGAAGCUUAGGAAGAAGGGGUAUGAAGUGAUUUACAUGGUUGAUGCUAUUGAUGAAUAUGCUGUUGGUCAACUCAAGGAAUUUGAGGGUAAGAAGUUGGUGUCUGCUACUAAGGAAGGUUUGAAACUUGAUGAGAGUGAAGAUGAAAAGAAAAAGAAGGAAGAACAGAAGGAGAAGUUUGACAACCUCUGCAAGGUGAUCAAAGAAGUGUUGGGCGACAAGGUUGAGAAAGUUAUUGUUUCUGAUCGUGUUGUAGACUCUCCCUGCUGUCUAGUGACUGGCGAGUAUGGUUGGACUGCCAACAUGGAGAGGAUCAUGAAGGCACAAGCUUUGAGGGAUAGCAGCAUGGCUGGUUAUAUGUCAAGCAAGAAGACAAUGGAAAUCAACCCUGACAAUUCCAUCAUGGAGGAGCUUAGGAAACGUGCUGAUGCUGACAGGAAUGAUAAAUCUGUGAAGGAUCUUGUUCUCUUGUUGUUUGAGACUGCACUUUUAACAUCUGGAUUCAGCCUUGAUGAGCCAAACACUUUUGGCAACAGGAUUCACAGGAUGCUCAAGCUUGGACUUAGCAUUGAUGAUGAUGCUGUUGAAGCUGAUGCUGACAUGCCACCAUUGGAGGAAGCUGAUGCCGAUGCAGAGGGUAGCAAGAUGGAAGAGGUCGAUUAA